AUGUCAGGAAUGUGGAUCAUUGGCUACGGCCUGCUUAUCUUUAAGCCACCACCACUUUACGAGUUCAAGGUGACUGGAACCCUCAAGGGCUACAUUCGCCGGUUCUGGCAGUCGUCUUCAGAUCACAGAGGUACUCCUGAAAGCCCAGGCAGAGUGGUCACGCUUAUGUCUCUCGAUGACUUGAAGAGCCACAACAGAUUCCAUAAUGAUUUGUGUACUUAUGAACUCAAUCCGAAAUUGGGAGAGUCUAAUAUAGCUACAACGUCGGUGGCUGACCUUCCCAGUGGUGCAUUGGCCAAUGGGAUCCAUGACGUGCAACAUAGAAUAGAUCAACUAGAGGAGGAUGAUUUGAAGGUGUGGGGAGUGGCAUAUUAUGUUCCGCCAGAACAUGUGGAUGAAAUGAAGGCGUAUUUGGAUGUCAGAGAACAAGAUGGCUACACGCUUCACCAGGUCAAGUUCCAAGUACAUAGUGUUCCUGAUGAGGCAAAGGCGGCUAUAAGUGAUAUUCCUCGCGACAAAGAUGGAGACCUUUUCAUUGAGUCAUUCAUCUACAUCGGCACCAUAGAUAACGAGUCCUUUGUUGGUCCUGAGAGCGUCCAGGAUACGGCUGCUGUCAUUAAAACCAGCCGUGGACCCAGCGGUCCUAACUUUGAGUACUUGAACGAGCUUACUAAAGCAGUAAGAGCUCUUGAUCCGCAACUCAGAUCUAGAGACUUCUACCUCGAAGAUCUCGUCGCUCUUGCUGAACCCGCAAAAUAG